AUGUCCGCUGCACAGCUUCUGAACCCGAAAGCCGAGUCGAGGAGGCGGGGUGAAGCCCUGCGAGUCAACAUCAGCGCCGGCGAAGGCCUCCAAGAUGUCCUCAAAUCGAACCUGGGUCCGUUGGGAACGGUUAAGAUGCUUGCUGACGACUCGCGGCAGAUCAAACUGACAAAGGAUGGGAACGUACUACUCCGGGAAAUGCAAAUACAGAACCCGACUGCCGUCAUGAUCGCAAGGGCGGCCACGGCUCAGGACGAUAUCUGUGGCGAUGGCACGACAUCGGUCGUAUUGCUGGUUGGUGAGCUGCUGAAGCAGGCGGAUCGCUACAUCCAGGAGGGCCUACACCCGCGUAUCAUCACGGAUGGGUUUGAGAUUGCAAAGAACGAGGCGCUCAAGUUCCUCGACCAGUUCAAGCUUCCCCGCGACGUCGACCGUGAACUCCUCCUUUCCGUCGCCAGGACUUCACUCGCUACGAAGCUGAGCGCGAGUCUCGCUCAGACCCUUACACCUUCCAUUGUCGACGCGGUUCUGGCCAUCUACCAAGCCCCGGCGAAGCCUGACCUGCACAUGAUCGAGAUUAUGAAGAUGCAGCACCGAACUGCUUCAGACACACAGCUCAUUCGUGGUCUUGCCCUCGACCACGGUGCGCGACACCCCGACAUGCCCAAGCGCGUCGAGAACGCCUACAUCCUGACAUUGAACGUCAGUUUGGAGUAUGAGAAAUCCGAGAUCAAUUCCGGCUUCUUCUACUCCAGCGCCGAGCAGAGGGAUAAACUGGUCGAGAGCGAGCGUCGCUUUGUCGACGCCAAGCUGAAGAAGAUUGUCGAGCUGAAGAAACAAGUCUGCGGCAGCGACAACAAGAAGAACUUUGUCAUCAUCAACCAAAAAGGCAUCGACCCCUUGUCUCUGGAUGUUCUCGCCAAGAACGGAAUCCUGGCGCUCAGGAGAGCCAAGAGGAGGAACAUGGAGAGGCUGCAGCUUGUUUGCGGCGGUGUUGCGCAAAACAGCGUGGACGACCUGACCCCGGACAUCCUCGGCUGGGCUGGUCUCGUCUACGAGCAGCAGCUCGGCGAGGAGAAGUACACAUUUGUUGAGGAUGUCAAGGAGCCCAAGUCGGUGACCCUCCUCAUCAAGGGUCCCAACCAGCACACCAUUACACAGGUCACGGACGCCGUCCGCGACGGGCUCCGUAGCGUUUACAACAUGAUUGUCGACAAGAGCGUGGUCCCCGGCGCGGGCGCCUUCCAGGUCGCCUGCGCUGCCCACCUGAAGAGCGAUGCCUUUGCCAAGACGGUGAAGGGCAAGGCCAAGUGGGGUGUCGAGGCAUUUGCGGAUGCUCUCCUCGUCAUUCCCAAGACGCUUGCGGCCAACGCCGGUCUUGAUAUUCAGGAUGCCAUUGCUACGCUUCAAUUCGAGCACCGCGAUGGUAAUGUGGUGGGACUUGACUUGGCAACAGGCGAGCCCAUGGACCCCACGUUGGAGGGUGUAUACGACUCCUUCCGGGUCCUGAGAAAUUGCAUUGCCUCUAGCACUGGUAUCGCCUCCAACCUCCUUCUCUGCGACGAGUUGUUGAAAGCACGGCAGAUGGGACGGCAAGGCGGGCCUGGUCCCGGCAUGGAUGGUCCGGAGGAGUAA